UAACGCUUUUCAUCAAAAGAGCUAUUCUCGUCAAAAGAUUUUUCGCAGUGUGGAAACAGUCUUCGGAUUUAAACUACCGUCUCAGUCCUGGAGUUUGUUGACACAACCACGUCAAAACAGCUGACGACGGUCGGCACGAAUCAGCGUAACGGUCCUUCGUCGAAUAAUCCGGCACAGGAAGGCCUAGCCGUUCGACCUACACAAGGUUACACAAAGAAAGGAGCAGAAUCGCGAAAUGGAGAUUUUAGGCGCCGUACAGUGCUACGAGUGGGGUAAGCUGGGCGACAGUUCGCUCGUGGCGCAGCUGGCCCGUGCGAACGAUAGUGGGUUGACGGUGGAUCCGAGCCGGCCCUAUGCCGAGCUGUGGAUGGGCGAUCACGUAAACGGCCCUGCUACGAUCAAGGCGACCGGUCAGUCGCUCACCGAGAACAUCCGGACAGAUCCGGUUGGCACUAUCGGGGGCGAGAAAGCCACAAGCUUGCCAUUCCUGUUGAAGGUACUGAGCAUCCGCAAGGCGCUCAGCAUUCAGGUGCAUCCGGACAAGCCGGAAGCAGAGAAGCUGCACCUACAGUUCCCGGACGUUUACAAGGAUCCCAACCACAAACCGGAGCUGGCGAUCGCACUCACCGACUUUCAGGCCUUGUGCGGCUUCCGUCCGUACCCGGAGAUUCUGCGGCUGAUUGAGAAAUGGGACCCACUGCAGACCCUGCUCGGAUCCGAAAUACUUGCCCGCUUCCGGGCGAAUCCCGACCGGCAGGCAGUACAGGGCGCCUACGAGCAGCUGAUGCGCAGCGAGCCGGAAGCACUGAACCGCUGCAUCGAUGCGAUCGCCGAACGGAUGCGGUCGGCACCGGCGGAAACCAAUGGCGAGCUGGUGGAGCUGUUCCUGCGCCUCGUCACCGAUUUCGGUCAUGAUGUUGGCGUACUGUCGAUCUUCUUUCUCAAUGUGCUGCGGCUGAAACCGGGCGAAGCGAUCUACCUCGCGGCGAAUGUACCGCACGCCUACCUCGACGGUGACUGUGUCGAGUGUAUGGCCUGCUCGGACAACGUGGUCCGGGCCGGGCUGACGCCCAAGUUCAAAGACGUCGAGACGCUGCUCCGGCUCGUCUCGUAUGAGUGCGGCCCACCGGCCGCGAUGCUGGCACGCGCUCGGUUGCUUCGCGAGGACAAACAACCGUACACGCGCACCUUCGUACCACCGGUGCCGGACUUUGCCGUGUCGGAGAUACGGCUGCCGGCCAGCGCUACCACCGGUGGCGCAUACACGCUGGACAACCCGGACACCGGUUCUAUACUACUCGUGGCUGGGUCGCGCAAGGCCAGCCUAACAACCGCAGAUGGACAGCAUCUCGCCGAUCUCAAGCUCGGUACCGUGUUGUUCCUGCCCAGUAGCACCAGCCGCACCCUUCAUCUAAAGCUCACCAACGACGACAACGACGACGAACCGUUUCUCGCUUUCCAGGCGAUGGCGAAUGGUUUUGCCGCCAACUCACCGUAGGAAGGUGCCGGGGGGUGA